AUGCAGAAGCUUCGCACGGCUGUCAUCGCACGCUACACUCCGUGGGGGAGUGACGAGGACGCCACUGUCCCGGACGUCACCGAUGUGUUGAACAGUUGGAAGCCCGGUGGUGCACCGGAGAUCGCUGCUGCUUUCACAGCCCUCGAGCAGCGACUGAAAGACGUGGACCAAGCCUGGCAUCCAGUGAAGUGUCAGGCAGUGCCAGCUGUGCCACACGGUGCAAGCACGGGUGCGCCGGUGGUCCUCAGCUGUCUUGACCUGGGUUUCCAGGAAUCAGACUCUGUGCGCGGAAAGUCCAAAAUGGUCAACGUUUUGGAGGUCGCGUUCUCCUAUAUGGACACCCGCCGCUUCGACUCCAUGCGCUCGCCGCUGAGUGUGUUCUUCAGUGAUCCUCCGGGGACUCUGCUGACCCCCUUCUGCGCCAAACACGUCGUCGGCUUCGGCCGCUCGCUUGCAGCAAAGAUGCUGGUCAUGGAAGCCUGUAUCCUGGAGCCGACCCUGACAGAUGAGGAAAUGGGAGAGCUCAGCUCGCUGCUUCAGUCUUGCUUUGACGUUCAUGCUGUUGUCAUGGGGCCUGCCGGCUUCAAAGAUAUUGGCUAUGCAUCCAUGAGGAACAAGUUCCAAGUGAGCGAAUCCGUGCGGCCUGAUGUCUUGCAGCUGUACCACGUGCUCUCGGGCAUCGUUGCACAGCCGACCCAGCAGGAGCUGAAGCAGGCGAUUGCAGAGUUCAAUCGUUCAUCCUCCGUGGCCGGCCACCGAAUCAGCGACCUGGAAAGCAAGGAUCCAGUCCUUGGCUUGAAGCUCUCCUGUGUCUUCGUCGAGUUCCGCCAGGAAUGGGCCAAGAUGUUGGAUAGCAAGCAGCUUGCCGUGAUGGAUAAGAUGUUUUUGAGAGGCGCCCUCGACCGGGAGCUUGGGGACGCCCUGAAGCUUCAGGACGCCGAUGUCAAGGCCAACUCCUUCAGUUUUCUCCAGGCCGUGACCGGCCAGGUCACGGACACACAGAAGCUCGAGCAAAGCAUCGCGCAGGCGGCUGUGAACGACUACGAGUUGCUGCAAAAGAACGGCCGGCAAAGCCAUGUCCUCAUGCAGGAGGAGAAGAUGAGAAGUCUUGCAGAAGCACGUCUCGAGAAAAAUGCCUACCACAUAUUCUUCUGCAACCUGACCCACUUCGGCUCCAACUUCAAUGCCCAUGUGCAGGGGAUCACGAGGAUCAUCGUCGACGGACUUGCCGCCAAUCCGGCCAGGACCAGGACCGAUUCUGCGGUGUUUGUUUUUGUUUGUCAGGGUUUCACGUCGGCAUUGCACAUUGCAGCGAACAGGAGUGUGGGGCUGGUGCUGGCACCAAAUGUCGGAGUGCCAGGCACCGGCCAGUACGAGGAUAAUGCAAUUCACAAGGCCCAGGACCAGGUGGACGAGCUUCUGCGAGACUCAAGCAACCAGGUGCGAGUCAGGCGAUGUGCCAUCGCUUUUGCUGGGCCGCUUGGCAAGAGAUCGCUGUCGCACAUUCUCUGGGCGGUGAUCUCUGACGUUACAAAGACUGCCGAAACAGAUGAACCCAUCAGCUGUUUCGCCUCGAGUGCUCUGUGGAAUGGCCGACUUGUGAACAACAUCACGACCAAGGCCGUCGCAGACUUCGUGAUUCCCAGUAUGGCAUCCAUGAAAGUGGGCGGAGACACGUCUUUCUCGAAGGCGCAGCAGUUCAAGCAGCAUAUUGCCGGGCCAGCACUGAUGAGCGGCAUCAUGGACCAGCUCUGGAAAGGAGUCCCGCUGGGAGCGUCGGCAGUUGCCGGGUGGUUGGACUUGUGCCCUUACGACGGCGGUCUCCUGGCAGCCAUGUCUACGUGUGAGCACAUUGCCAAUGUUUCUCAGUUCUUGUGCUCGGCCUAUUGCUUUGAGAAUGGCCCGCUGACCCUGUCUGAGAUGGCAUUGUGGCACCAGGACUUCGGCCAGAGGUUUCUGACGGCUGCGGUGCGUGCCAGAGAGUGGAAAGAGUAUGCGCCAGACGGAUCGCCGCCUGUCUUCAACAGCCAGGACCUGGUGCUCACGAAAAUGGUGCCCUCGGACGGCGUGCUUUCUUUGCCGCUCCGACAGGACGUUCUUUCAGAGAAAGAGCGGUGCUUUACACGGCUUGCGGACGAGUUCACGAAAGUCAUCAAUGAGCACAACAAGACCUACAAUGUUUCCGGCGUUCCUUGGCGAGGAGACCAUGCUCCUCCCGCCAGGUCCUCGGCAGAUGAGACUCAGGCGGAGCCGUUUCCAGAGGAGCACGCUGUGACUGAGGAGUCCUUGAAAGCAAACGGCUCCCCUUUGGUGACUGUUCAAUCCAGAGUCAGCUCAGUGCAGCUCCUCCUGAAGACAGUCGACGGGACCAAGCAGGUGUACUUGAAGAGCCUCUCCGACGGCACCGUCAGCAAGGAGGAGCCCAUCUUCCAUGUCUAUGGGGACUACGUGACAGGAAAAGAACUCGCAGACCUGGAGAAAAACAACAAAGUCCUAUGGCCCUGGAAGAUGGAGAGCAUGGACUACUGCCUCAGCAUUGCCUCCCCCUUCGAGGAUGGGUUCAAGUGCAAUCUCACCACGCUGCAGAAAUUCUUCGACUUCCUGGUCACGAAGGACAAGGGCGUGCCGAAGAUUGUGUGCCACGAGGUGAAGGACGGUGCCAUCAAGUCCACAGAAACCUGUGCGUACCAGCCGAAGCCCUUGCCAGCGAAGACAGUCGAGAGCAAGGAGAACAUCGGAAGCUUGCUUCCGUUUGCCGACACAGACUGGAGCACUGGCAGUCACAAGUUUGGCUUCUUGGAGCUGAAAUGCCAUUUGAAGUACGAGGACUCGCCACAGAGGUCCGGUCUUUUUCCAGGGAAACCGGCUUACCAUCUGAAGAAGACCUAUCGCUUCUCGAAAGAGAAAGUCUAUCGCAUCGCCUGA